AUGGAUUACAGGCGUAAGAGGAAACUUUCUUUUGUCACCAUUGGGCUGCUGUUUUUCCUGAGUGGUAUUGAAUAUGCUGUUAUCCUCCCCACUAUCUGGAGGUAUCUUCAGAUUCUCGAAGCUCCGCCGUAUUUCCUUGGGCUCGGUCUGUCCGCGUUUAGCUUCAGCGGACUCGUGACGGGGCCGAUAUUCGGACGCUGGUCCGAUAAAACCCGCACUACAAAAACCAUCAUUCUUUUCUCUAACCUAUUUGAGAUUGUAGGGAACUUCAUGUACUUCAUAGGCUACUCAAAAUGGCUUCUACUGUCCAGUCGCCUUGUUGCAGGUAUUGGCGCCGGCGCAGGUUCGUCCAUCUUUGGCUUCCUGACGCGGACCACCCUUCCUGAAGAACGAGCAGGAGUGUUCGCCGCUGUGAUGGCAUCACGCCAAGCCGGACUCCUGAUCGGACCUGCUUUUAACAUUUUCCUGCGAUUGUGUGAUUUCCGAUUGGGACCGUUCAUCGUGAACAAGUACACCGCCCCCGGGCUCUUCAUGUGUGCCAUGUGGCUGGUGCUCCAGUUAGCUGUGGUUCUGCUGUACUGGGACAUCCCUCCGCUGGACUCCACGGCUGAGACGUACACUGCCCUCCGUCACGUCAGGGAAGAAGAGGAGCAGCCACUUGUGUGCUCUCAGGGUGAAGGUGGAACACCAGGGUCCGGAUCCUAUGCCAUGGUGCUGUCCGAUCAGGCUGAGACGGGGCUUUCAGAAGAACUCGAGCCAUCUGAGGCUGGAGUGACGCCUACCUCCGACAGCCCUUGCCCCCUGGAUGACCCUUAUGAGAAUUUCAACGCCAGUCAAGAAUUCCUGAAGGAGGAGGUGGUGGUUCUGCUCACCGCGCAGUUUAUCACGCUUUUUAAUCAAACCGCACUUGAGACCAUGGUAACGCCGAUGACACAGAAGUACUUCGGCUUUGGUGAGCUGGGGAACAGUGUGAUGUACGGGCUGUGCGGCGUGGAGGUGAUCGCCGGGUUUUUCCUCGUGCGCUGGCUGAGCUGCGUGCUAAAGGACCGCGUGCUGCUGGCCGCCGGGCUGCUUGUGAGCUGCGUGGCCUGCGUCUGGUGCCUCGUCUUCCUUGCUAACCCCAAGGGUGGCUUUGCUCUGGAGCUGACUGAGUUCAUUAUUGGGGUGUUCCUGCAGCUGCUGGGGCUUCCCUUUGUUGCAGUGUCCCAGGUGUCCCUCUUCUCCAAAGUCACUGCAGAGAAGACGCAAGGCUUUAGUCAGGGUGUACGGCGCUCUGUCGGAGGUCUUGCCACCAUCUUGGGUCCUCUCUGGGCUGGUGGUUUAACUGGAAACUUGUAUGUGAUGCUGGGAAUGAUGCUGUUUCUCCUCACGCUCAUUAUGAUCAUGAUGGCGCUGUCCUACGAUAAACUGGUGGAACCUCCCGUGGUGCAGCACGCAAACGACUCAGAGAGCGAAGGAUAAUCACCGUUCACACGUCAAACUCUACAGAUUUCCAUUCAGGACGGAGGCUCGCGGUGGUCCGUCUGGCCCGGGGUUGGGGUGUGUGUGGUGCUCGGUGGAACAGAUGCUGGAGCGGUGGUAGAUACCGGGCUCGUGCCAGGAGCAGCAGACCUCA